AUGAAGGGUUUUUGUGAGAGGGCUGUUGCGUCGAAAUAUUCCUCUAAAAGUUCAACAGAGUCGACAGAUAGAGGUCCGUCAUCUGUUUGUUCAGAUUCAGGAUCUAGGGACAGUAAGCACGACAAGGUGUCCCUGUGGUCAAACUUCUUUGCAUCUGCUUUCUCAAUCUUUGAAACACAUAGUGAGUCAUCAAAUACUGAAAAGAAGGAAAUUCAUUCUAGAAACAAUGGAUGGACAGAAGCUGUGAGGAAAGUUGUGACUGGUGGCUCUAUGAGGAGGAUUCACGAGCGUGUACUUGGAUCCAGCAGAACUGGCAUCUCUUCUGCUAGUGACAUAUGGCUUCUUGGUGUGCGCUACAAAGUCUCACAAGAUGAGUUCUCUGGAGACGCAGCUACCAACAAUGGAUUAAGAGCAUUUGAACAGGAUUUCUCAUCAAGAAUUUUGAUGACAUAUCGUAAAGGUUUUGAUGCUAUUGGAGAUUCAAAGUAUACUAGUGACGUAAAUUGGGGCUGCAUGCUUCGGAGUAGUCAGAUGCUUGUAGCCCAGGCAUUGCUUUUCCAUAGAUUGGGAAGAUCUUGGAGAAGACCCUUGCACAAGCCUUUAGAUGAACAAUAUAUUGAGAUCCUGCAUCAUUUUGGUGAUUCCGAAGGAUCAGCUUUCUCUAUCCACAAUCUUCUUCAGUCUGGAAAGGCUUAUGACCUCGCUGCCGGGUCAUGGGUUGGCCCAUAUGCCAUGUGCCGCUCAUGGGAGACUCUAGUUCGGUGUAAGAGAGAAGGAACUGCCUUUGAUAACCAGCCACUUCCAAUGGCUGUUUAUAUUGUAUCUGGGGAUGAAGAUGGGGAACGGGGUGGAGCCCCAGUUGUCUGCAUUCAAGAUGCCUCUAGACAUUGUUUGGAGUUUUCAAGAGGUCGGGUUGAUUGGACGCCUAUUCUUUUACUGGUUCCUUUGGUUCUUGGACUUGAAAAAGUCAACCCCAGGUACAUUCCAUCAUUGUGGGCGACAUUCACUUUUCCCCAAAGUCUUGGCAUCAUGGGUGGAAAACCUGGUGCAUCAACUUACAUUAUAGGUGUGCAAGAUGAAAAAGCACUUUACCUUGAUCCGCAUGAAGUUCAGCCGGCAAUCAAUAUAAGACGGGAUGAUUUAGAGGCUGAUACUUUAUCUUACCACUGCAAUGUUAUACGGCACAUUCCCCUUGAUUCUAUUGAUCCAUCUUUGGCGAUAGGAUUUUAUUGCCGUGACAGAGAUGAUUUUGAUGAUUUUUGUUUUCGAGCUUCCAAGCUGGCAGAUGGAUCAAAUGGUGCUCCGCUGUUCACUGUGACUGAGACGCAUAAUUUUCCCAAGCCGGUUAACCACAGUGAUGUUUUGGAUGAUAGUGGUGGGGUUCAAAAUGAUGAUUCAUUUGUGGCCCCGCCCAUAAGUGAUGCAGACGGAAGUGCACAUGAAGAUGACUGGCAACUCCUAUGA